AUGAACGUAAUUCGUGAAUUUAUAUUAAAUGCGACAGAAAAGUUCCUUUGCACAGCGAUACAAGACAUAAACAGAAAAAACGAAGAUGCAUUACUGGAUUUCAUUAAUAACUCUCAAACAUUUGUUCUUCAAACAUGCAUUGAUAAUGAUCAGUCACUUUUAUUUUCUACAAAGAUACAACCAGGCAUGAAAAAGUCAAUAAUAUUUUAUAAAACUUCAUCACAAGAUUUGACUGGUCAAGACUCUCUCAAUGCUAUAAAUAUGGUUACUUUGACUACUGAUGCAGCGGAGUCUUUGUAUCAAAUUUUAAGACAAAUUUAUAAUCCUUUACUUGUCGUAGGUGAAGAUCUGUACUCACAUAAGCUUCAAAAAAAUCUCUCAGAUUUAGAAGCCCACUUAAGAGUGCUUACCCAUGGCAAGAAACAGGAGAACACGAAAGUCAUUUUAACCAUUCAAGAUGAAGUGGAUUACUGGAAAAUGAUGGCAGAAAAUAGGGAUGCCAAUAAAAAAGAGAGAGAAGCUGCCUCUUCGUUUUGUGUCCUAUUUAAAGAUGUUUGUGAAGAAAUUAGAUCCUUACAAGUCAGUCCAAUGCAGGAAGUAAAAGAUUCAGCGGAGAAUAUUGCCGGAAUACUAGAUGAUGUAUGGAGAUACACAGUGCUCCCAUAUUCCAUGGAAAGAAUGAUACAUAUCUUUGACAUUAUUGGACAUGUUAUCUGCUCAGUUACUCAAAAAACCAUAACAAAAAUAGACCCUUGGAAGAUUUAUGACUGUUUUAAAGAUAAUGAGAUUUUAGUACUUUUGGCAGAAGGGCUUAGUGUUGUACAAACAUGGAUAAGUGCUUGUAAAUCUCUUACGGAUACUUAUUGGCCGAACUAUGCCUUACAUCCUUGGAAAGGCGAAACAUAUAUUCCUAACUUCUGUAUUAAUUUUGAAACCAGGCUUAAAGAGGUUAACAACAUUAGAUCGACUUAUAAUCAGUUAGUUAAACUCUUAACUGAGAACGAGAAGGCCGAAUUGAAUAGCCAACAGUUUUUAGAACCUUUUCGAAAUAUUAAUAUUUGGAUAUACAAUGGUCCGAAUCCAAUGUGGGAAUCAGCUGUUGCAAGUUUUUCAGCGAAAAUAAGACCUGCUGAAAUGAAAAUAACUGAAAAAUUGAAACCACGCAUGAACAACUCCUCUACUAAGCAGAUGUUGUAUGAAUUCAUCAGAUACAAAACUCUUAUAACCAGGCCGCUAGUGAAACAUGCUCUCAAUGAUGAACUGGACAUAUUCGUGAACUCUCUCCUGGCGAUGCUGAAAGCGAUACAGAAGCAACUGGACUCGGAUGAGGUCGACAUGCAGAUGUGUCAGCCGGUAGAGAUGUCGCCACUUGUACAGAAAGUCCAGUGGGCCAAGCUGAUGGAGGCUAAGGUUAAAGAAAUAGAAAUGUGCAUCGAAAAUUAUCUAGGUGAAUUUGAAAAUAGCACAACAGCGCUUAAGCUUGCAUCUAAACUAUUGACCGAUCUGAAGACAAUGUACACGCAGUUGCACGAGGACUGGUGCAGGGAUAUUCAGGCGCUGGCGCGCGCCGCGUCGCCCGGCGCCGGGCCGCUGGUGCGCUUCUCGCGCUCCGAGCGGCUGCUGGAGGUGCGCUUCGAGCCGCGCCUGCUGCGUGCCGAGGCCGAGGCGCGCGCGCUGGCCGCGCUGGCGCCGCCGCCGCCCGCCGCCGCCGCGCUGCGCCGCCUGGCCGCGCCGCUGGCGCACGCGCGCGCGCUGCACCGGGUGGCGUCGUUCCACAACACGCUGGGCGAGCGCAUGAUCCCGUCGACGCGUCCGCUGAUGCUGACGGCUGCGCUGGAGCUUUCCGCGUUAGUCCAGGAGCAACAACCGCUGUACUGGAGCGACGAUCAACGCCUCGCCGAAUACACUGAGCGUCUCAAGCGAGUAGUACUCAAACUGGAGGCUCAGAAUACCUACUUGACAGGGCAACAUCUAGCCAUACGAAAUAUAGUUGAAAAACUUAUAGAUACCGAUCUUCUCGCCGAACAAAAUGAGUGGAAGAAAGGGAUAAAAGAUAUAAGAGAUAUUAUAGAAAAGGUGGAAGCAAAUGGCUACAAGAACACUGAAAUCUGGAGAUCGCACUGGGAUCUCCAACUGUAUAAGGCGCUUGAAUAUCAAUAUGUCAAAACGCUUCUCGCUCUUCACAAGCAUUUUCCUAAAGUAACGGUGGACAUGGUGCUACGCGACUGUAGUGUCCGACUGCAGCCACCGAUCGAACAAAUCCGCGUGCAGCACUAUGGCCAGCUACGCCGCUUAGUGGCGCUUCCCAACCAUUUCGUCGGCUUGCGAACUAAUAUCGCCGAUGAAAAGUCCAUCUUUUCAUCCAUUGUUGAUAAGCACGGCUGGCUGGGCAACCGCGCCGUGCGCUCGUUGGAAGCGGCGCUGGAAGGCGCUCAGCGCGCGUGCGGGCGCUGGGCGCGGCGCGCGCCCGUGGCCUGUGCGCGCGACCUGGACGCGCUGUGCGCCGCGCGCCUGCGGGUGCCCGCGGACUGGGCGGACGGCUUCAGGGCCUGCAAGGCGCUGGGCCAGGCCGUCGCCAAGAUGACCUUUGACGACGAGAAAAUAGAGUGGAUAACUAUUGGAACGGUAACUUUGCGUCGUGAAUUCGAAGCCCAGUCGCGUAAUCUGUGGGCGAGUCUCAUGUCCAGCUUGCAGGCGAGCUGUCGGAACGACGCCGCUGCGCUAGACACUUUUAUGGCCAAUGCUGUUAUCACACUAGAAGAUAAAGUUUUACCCCGAAACUCGAAAGAGCUGGCUGAAAUAAGUGCCAAACAGCAGGCACUGCAGGAGAAAAUGCCUGAGAUGGAGAAAACAGUGGAAGAUUUAAAAACAAAAGGCUAUUUACUUCGGACCUGGGGCGGAGAUUCUUCGUUCGAUAAUACUAUACGCGAGUGGGAGAAACUACGUGAGCAAAUUUUGAGCCAUCGGGAAAUGUUUGAACAUCAGGCCGAAAUGGUGAAAUCUAGCCUGAAAGGGUCGUGGGAGAACCUGCACGCAGAAGUAGAGGCGUGGCUGUCGCGCGCGCGCUUCGAAGUGACGAGCGGCGGCGGUCGCGACGACAUGCCGCGGCGCGCGGCCGACGCGCUCGCCGCGGCCGCGCAUGCGCAGCGCCUGGCCGAGCAGCGGCGCCGGCUGCAGGCCGAAUGUGAAAAGUUCAACAUGAAACUAGAAAUUUCUGACACGUGGAAGGAGGCAGAAAAAGUUAAAGAUAAUCUAAUAAGCACUUGGACGAUAUUAAAAGAUUAUAAUGAUGAAUUCGAAGAGCUCGCUGGCCAAGCAUGGUUAAUAUUUCAAAAGAAACUUCAUCUUCUUGAUGACUUCGUGUCAAAAUGGAACGGGCUUCUGGAACCGUAUACUACAGUCACAUUGUUCAUAAAGCAAGAUUUGGAAAACUAUUUUGAACUCACAACAGCGUUAAAAUACUUACGCGGGACUGAUUUUACCGAUAAUCAUUGGCGGGAAAUAUUUAAUCUCCUUGAAAUAGAAUAUGUCAAGCCUGAAACGUUAAUAUUAAAAGAUUUAUUGAACGUUGCGCAGAAUAUUAAGAAACGUAUGAAGGAAUUACAGAAAAUUAGUGCUACGGCGUCAAGUGAAGCGAAUGUCCGUAGCGCGAUCAACGAGCUGGAGCUGUGGUUCGCGGGCGCGCGCCUGCUACUGCUUGCGAGGGGGAACGUCCACAUCGUCUCCAACUACAAAGAAGUCGUCGCUAAGGUGGAGGAGCAGCAGUGGGUGGUGUCGGCGGCGGGCGCGGCGGGCGCGGCGUGGGAGGCGCGCCUGGACGCCGCGCGCCGCCUGCUGCGGGCCGCGCACCUCGCGCAGCGCAGAUGGCUUUAUUUAGAACCAAUCCUUAGCAAUGCUGACGGAGAUCUAGGAGUCAAGUUCCGCAAAGUUGACCAAGGGUUCCGACAAGUGGCCCGGAUUAUAGAAUCGGAUCCUCGCCUUUCAGCUCUAUUACAGUCUACUAGACCUCAGACGAUGCUUGACACUAUUUUAGAGCAAUUAAACGCUUGCCAGUCAGCAUUGAACGACUACAUUGAUGAAAAACGUUCAACAUUUCCGAGAUUAUAUUUUCUAAGUGAUGAUGAUUUACUCGAACUCCUUGGUCAAGCACGAGCGGGAGCUGAAGGUAGAGAGACGGUAAUGCAGUCUCAUUUAAAGAAGCUGUUCCCGGGUAUCACAGGUGUGCACCUCGGCCCCGGUGAACUAUCAAUUACGUCUCUAUGCAGCCACUUCGGUGAAACGUUCCAACUAGAACAUCCGGUUGACAUAGAUUGCUCUGUUGAGGUUUGGUUGAAAAAAUUAGAACAAGAAAUACAUUCGUCGUUGAAGACCAUGGCGCUAAAAUGCUUAGUUGCAAAUACUUUGCGAGACCAAGAUCCGUUUUCGCUGCCGACGCAAAUACUGUGCUUAGCACAGAACAUUAGAUUCACCGAAGAAACAGAAAAGGCUAUUAUAUCAAAAGAACUGCACAAAUUAAAAGAUAAUAUCGAAAAAGAAAAUGUGUAUUACGCUGAAGCAGAAACGGAAAAUAAAUGCGAGAAAUACAAGAAACAAGCUUUGAUAUUGCAAUGUGCGUAUUAUGUGUCCGUGGUGCAAAGUUUAAUUGAGAAUAAUGUAGUGACUACAAGCGAUUGGUUUUGGCAGAAACAACUAAGAUUCUACCUACAAAAUGGUACGGAAAUUAUAGCUAAAAUGGGGUUAGCUCAGAUUUCGUACUCCUAUGAAUAUCUCGGCGUCAACACCGGACAGUUUGUGCGAACUGAAACGACGGAUGAAAGUUUUCUCAUUCUAACACAAUCUUUACAUCUUGGAUUAGUAGGUAAUCCGUUCGGCCCCGCUGGAACAGGAAAAACAGAGUCGGUUAAAGCUUUAGGAAGUUUAUUUGGUCGCUUGGUGCUAGUUUUUAAUUGUGAUGAAGCCAUGGACGGGCAGUGCCUGGGGCGGCUGCUGACGGGCGUGGCGCGCUGCGGCGCGUGGGGCUGCUUCGACGAGUUCAACCGCCUGCCGGCCGCCGCGCUGGCCGCCGCCGCGCCGCAGCUGGCCGCCGUGCUGCGCCCCGCCGCGCCCGACCGCUCCGCGCUGCUCGACGGCAAGCGGAUACAAGUGUCGGAGUGGUGCGGCGUGGCGGCGACGAUGAACCCGGCGGCGCGCGGGUACGGUGGGCGACGCGCGCUGCCGCCCGCCCUGCAGCACGUGCUGCGGCCGCUGGCGCUGCGGCCGCCCCCUCGCGCCGCGCUCGCCGCACGGCUACUCGCCGCUGAGGCCACGCACCCGCACCUACGUCCCGAUGCACUCGCCGACGACUUGGACGCAGUAUUCACACUUGCUAGCUCGCUGCUGAGCGCACAGCGCCACUACGACUGGGGGCUGCGCGCGCUGAAGGCGGCGGUGGGCAGCUGCGGCGCGGCGCUGCGCGCGCUGGGCGGCGGCGAGCACGCGCAGGCGCGCGCGGCGCUGCGGGCCGUGCUGCGGCGCGACGCCGUGCCCAGGCUCACCAGCCACGACGCCCAAUGUUUCGAAAAUAUCUUGGCCAUGGUUUUCGCGGACGUGCCGGAGAAAGAAUCCACCACAGAUCCGGUUUAUUUAUCACUCGAAAAUACAGUAAAACAACUUGGUCUAGUGCAUAAUAAGUUUCAGAUUCAAAAAUGCAUGGAGCUCUAUGAACAGUUGCAACAAAGAAUGGGUGUCGCCAUUGUUGGUCCACCGGGAUCCGGUAAAACCACUAUUAGGCAAAUCUUAAAAGCUGCGCUGACUCAGCGGGGCAAGUCCGUGGUGGAGCACGUGAUCUGCCCCAAGGCCAUGAGCCGGCGCGAGCUGCUGGGGCACGUGGAGCGCGACACGCGCCAGUGGAGCGACGGCGUGCUGCCCGCCGUGGCGCUGCACGUGUCGCACCAGGCCGACGACGUGUGGUCGUGGGUAGUGUGUGACGGCGACAUAGACCCCGAGUGGGUGGAAGCGCUGAACUCGGUGCUGGACGACAACCGCCUGCUCACGCUGCCGUCGGGCUGGCGGAUCGCCUUCGGGCCGCACGUCAACUUUAUCUUCGAGACGCACACUCUCGACCACGCCUCGCCGGCCACCAUCUCCAGGAUGGGGAUUAUACUCUUUAGCGAUGAAAACAACUGUUCGCAAUAUAUUUUGGAAAGUUGGGCACAAAAUAAAGAAUUCGAUAAUGAUAAUGCAAAAUUAGCUGUGCCCUUACUGACUGAAACAGUAAAGAGAUGCUUGAAGUGGCUGGCAGGGCAUAGGUCUGACGUCACUGUGAAAGAUUGUAACAUGUCUUUGGUGAAACAAAUAAUCGCGCAGUUUGAAUAUAUAGCCUCGGAAUUUACAUCAAACACUGGUCCUACUAGUCCGGAGGAAAUGGUGUGGUCGGCUGUGCAGCAGAGUGUUAUGGGGUUGAUUAAGGAAAACGCUGUUAACAGUUUUUAUGAAGAACUUGAAAUACCGUCAGCGCGGGCCCUAGCCGUGGGAGGCGACACGGGAACAGGAGAGUGGGCGGACGCACUACUUCGCUCUACGCGCAUCCGUGCCUUCGAACCCGCUCUGUUUGCCGCUAUACGCUGCCAUCACGCAAUCAUCAUUGGGCCUGAAGCCAGCGCUAAAACGCUUUUAGCAGAGUAUAUCCUAAAAGAAACCAAUUCUACUGUUGUAACAAUAGACUGCACACCGCACCUGGAACCGAACGACAUCAUUACGGAAUUGAAGCGGUCGGCGGCGCGCGGCGCGGGCGUCACGCUGCUGCUGCGGGCGCUGCACCGCGCGCGCCGCGACCGCUGGGGCGUCGCGCCCGUGCACUGCUUCCUGCUGCAGCUGGUGCGCGGCGGCGGCUGGUGGGCGCGCGGCGAGGCCGGCCCGCAGUGGACGGCGGCGCGCGUGCGCGUGUUGUGCACGGCCGACCGCGCGCCGCUCGCGCCCCGCCUCGCGGCCGCGCUCUACCCCGUGAUGCUCCCUGAAGCUGACGACGACGAAUUGCUGGAACUAUUGAAAAGUUAUCUAGCAGAGAAUACUAAGAAUAUAACCGAAGCAGAUAUUUCAAGUUUGUCUAAUAAUAUGUUAACACUGUACAAAGAGGUGACAGAGACCUUCAAGUCUCUACCGCAUUACAAAUGGAACCCGUCGCAUCUUAAACAGUGGUGUGAGAAUAUAAAAUGGUUUUCUCCUUGCGACUUCUCACAAGUUGUCAUGGCUGUGAACGCAGUAGCGAAUAUGAUAUUUAGGAACAGGCUUGUCACGGACGAUGAGAAGUCUCAGUAUAAUGCAAUGGCUCGAAACAGUUUCAAAACUAGCGAUGAUGUUUACUUCAAACCAAAACUGCGCAGCGAUGGCAUUUACUUGGAACCAGUCGAUUACAAAGAUUGGUACGAAAAUACUCAGAAGCUAAUAAACCAAUGUCUAACUGACGAUGAGAACUGUUUCGGCGAAACCGGUAUUGAAGUGUGCAAGGAAUUAUCAGUAUUAUGUCCAGUGAUUGCACUGGCGGCGCUGACGAGCGCCAGCGAGGGCACGCGCACACUGGCCGUGCUGGGCGAGGCGGCGGCGACGGCGGGCGCGCUGGCGAGCGUGGAGGCCGCGCUGGGCGCGCGCUCGCCGCUCGCGCUGCCGCCCGCCCUGGCGCCCGCCCUGGCGCCGGCGCCGGCGUCCGCGCAGCAGACGCAGCGCACGUUCACUAAUAUGAAACAAAAUCUAGGUAUAGUGAUUUGCUUGGACGCAGAGCAGGACAACUUAGCUGAGUUGUUAGAUUCGUACCCGCUGCUCUACAACGCAAGCCUUCUAUGCUGGUGUACGCACUGGUCGGAUACGACGCUGGCAGAGACACCAACGCUUAUCGCUCAGAGACUCGCAAAAGAGAAUUGUCUACAAAUGUCCGAGGAAGACUUUAAACACAUUCCAGUGCAAGGAUUCGUAGAUAUAUACAAGAGUUUGGAUAACGAUCGAGUUCGCACGCCGUCUCGGUACACACAUUUCAUAAAAACGUUUUACAAAAUAUUCAGCACUAAGAAACAGACUUUGUUACAACGGAGCAAUACCUUAACUGCUGGAGUAGAAGCAUUACGUCGCGCUCGUAGCGAAGUAGCGAGGCUACAGACAGAGGCAGCAGAACAGGAAAUCGAACUAUCCGAAAAACAGGCGAAAGCCAACCAAGCUCUGGAUCAGAUAGGAGCUACCGUCCGCGCCAACACUGACAAGAAAGAAGAAAUGCAUCAAUUGAAGAAGAACAUUGAAAUGGAAAACGAAAAGCUGCAGAUUCGAAAGAAGGAAAUCGAAGAAGAGUUAGCUUCGGUCGAGCCCGUCAUAGCGGCUGCUCGGGCUGCGGUCGGCGACAUAAAGCCUGAAUCCCUGAGCGAAGUACGGUCGCUACGCGCGCCGCCCGAUGUAGUGCGCGACGUACUGGAGGGCGUGCUGCGGCUCAUGGGCAUCGCGGACACCUCCUGGCACUCCAUGAAGAACUUUCUUUCCAAGCGAGGCGUCAAGGAGGACAUUCGCUGCCUGGAUGCGAGCCAGAUAAGUGCGGAGGCGCUGCAGUCGGUCCAGCGGCUGCUGCAGCGGCGCGGCGCGUCGUUCGAGCCGGCCGCCGCGCGCCGCGCCAGCGCCGCGUGCGCGCCGCUGGCCGCCUGGGUGCGCGCCAACCUGGACUACGCGCUGGCUCUGGCGCGCGUGCGGCCGCUGCAGGAGCAGCAGCGGCUGCUGCUCAGCAACCUGCGGCGCGCGGAGGCCGAGGCGGAGGCGCUGCAGGGCGGGCUGGCCAGCGUGGGCGAGCGCGUGGCGGCGCUGCAGGCGCAGCUGGGCCGGCACUCGCGCGACGCGGCGGCGCUGGAGCUGCGCCUGGCCGCCGCCGCGCGCGCGCUGGCCGCCGCCCGCGCGCUGCUCGGCCGCCUCGCGCACGAGGACGCCUCUUGGGAGGCCGAUUUACAAAACAUUUCUCAAGAAAUACUGGAGCUGAAUCAACGUUCACUAUUAGCGGCUGGUUACCUUACAUUUCUUCCUGAUUUAUCCGAACUACAAGCCAGGGACUACUUGACAAAAUGGUGCUCGUUGAUAAACUUCGAAGAUACUUCAUUUUCUAUCAUAAAUUUUCUGUCUACACCAGAGAAGCAAUUAAAGUGGGAAGCGGAUGGCCUUCCAUCAGAUAAUUCGGCGUUUAAGAAUGCCAUUUUCAUCGACCAGUACUUGGAACGUUUGACGCCGUUGACACCGUUGCUUCUGGACCCGGACGGCGAGGCGGAAACGUGGCUUCGCGCCUCGCUAGCAAACGCACCUGCAGACAUAAUGCCACAACAUGCACCGCGCCUUGCCACCGCGCUAUCUUGCGCGCUCAGGCUGGGGCGCACGCUUGUGAUCACGGAGGUGGAGAGCAUCGAGGAGUGGUUGUGGAGCGCAGUAAGCUCAGCGAACGGUCGCGGGCGCGUGCUGCUGGUUGCACGGCGGGACGCGCUCACUGUGCCGCCGUACGUACGCGCCUCGCUAGCUCCGUUGAACUUCGCCGCGCGCCUGCACACGCUAAUCGAUCAACUCGUAAACUACGUGAUGCAGAAGCAGAACCCCGAAAUGACCGAAAAAUUGAAGGAAAUCAAACUGACGAAGGCCACGCUACAGAAGCAGCGCCACGAGUUGCAAGAGAACCUGCUGCGCGAUCUGUCCGGUAAGGCGGACAUCCUACACGACGAGAGCCUACUGGCGGCCCUGGAGAGCACGCAGAGCUCGGGCGCCACCGUCGCGGCGGCGCUGAGCGCAGCGCGCGAGCUGGAGCGAGCGGCGCGCGGCGCGUGCGCGGCGUACGAGGCGAGCGCGCGCCGCGCCGCCGCGCUGGCGCUGGCCGCGCGCCGCGCCGCCGCGCUGCCGCCCGCCACGCUGCUCGAGGAGUUCGCCUCCGCCGCCGCGCGCCACUCCGCUAGCAACUCGAACGAAAUAAACGAUGAGGAGAUUGUGAAACACUUCACGAGAAGGAUAAUAGAACGUGUGCUACUGAGCCUACACAAAAAGGAUAAAUAUAUCGUUGUUAUGCAUUUACUGCACCAGGUCUACGACAAUCUGAUCCCGAAAAAACUCUGGCAAAUUUUCCUAGGAGACGUAAAUAUUAUUGAAGAUACGAGUGUGGUUAACGAUAUUAGAAAACGAUUCCAAUGGAUCGACGACGCUUGCAUCAGAAAAGUUGCACAAAUAAAGGUUCAAGAUGAAAAUUUCUUCAAUAAACUCUCACUCGACAACUCUGAUAUGUGGAUAGAGUUUCAACAAUCCGGAGACCUCCACCUCGUUAGCAAGUUGAACCUGGAACCGUUUGAGGGUGUCGUAGCCGUGAUGGCGCUGCGGCCGGCCAGCUUGUACCGGGCUAUAGUCGGCUUUGUCGAUCAAGUCUUAGGUACUAGACUCCUACGUUACGUACUAUGUCACUCAACUAAAUUCAAGGAUAUUCGUGAUAUAUUUAUAACACAUGAUAUAUAUGAAUUGGUUGCAAACAAGCGCGCGGGCGCGCUGGGCGGCGGGCGGGCGGCGGAGCGCGCGGCGCGCUGGGCGGGCGCGCGCCGCCCCGUGCUGCUGCUGGCGGCGCACGCGCACGACGCGCUGGCGGCGCUGGCGCACGCUCAGGCGCGCACGCUCCUCACGGUGGGCGCGGAGCAGGGCCCCGCGGCGUGGCGCGCGGCGGCGGAGCGCGCGCGCGCGGGCUCGUGGCUCGCGCUCGCCGUCGGCGCCGCGCCUCUCACGAGGGAGCUUUUGGCCUUCGUUGCUGCGCUGACCGAGCGACCGGCGAGUGAUUUCGAUGAUGAAUUCCGACUCUGGAUACUGGCUGAAGAUCGUGAGAUUCCUUCAACUUUGGCCAAUACCUGCGUUCAUGUCGUUCUCGAAUCCCCGGAGGGUGUAAAGCGCAACGCAUGCAGCACGCUGAGCGCGUGGACAGGCACGCGCGAACCAGUGCCCGUAGCGCGUUUUCUUGUCGGCCUCGCGCUAUUUCAUGCCCUUGCACAGGAGCGCCGCGCAUAUAUCCCACAAGGCUGGAGCCGCUGGUACGAGUGGGAGUGGGGCGACGUGAGCGCGGGCGGCGCCGUGGCGCGGCAGGCGCGCGGCGCCGCGGCGCGCGAGCUGUGCGGCGCGCUGUACGCGGCGCGCGUGGACCGCGCCGCCGACCGCUCCGUGCUGCACGGCCUGCUGGCGCGCGCCCUGCGGGACCCCGCGCCCGCGCCGCUGCCCGCCAGCGAGCACAUACAGGUCGCCCGAUUGAAAAACUCAAAUAUAAAACUUCUAUUCACAAAAAAUACGAAAUAUAUCAGAGAACCGAGGAGAAUAAACAAACUGUCUCCACAGGACUAUAUAACGGCUCUGGAAGUUCUGCCCGAUAUCGACACGCCAGAAUUACUGGAGCUACCCGCCAACUGCCGCGCGGCGUGGGAGGACAACGCCGCGCAUAACAUUCUGACUGGCCUACGAGGUUCUAUACUAGUUACUAGUAAUAUUCCGCUGCUAAAAUUAAACUCAACCACCAAUGUGAACAUGGCUGAUGUGACAACACCAAUAAAGACGUUUUUAUCUUUGUGGAAGAGGUUGAUGUCCGGAUGUCCCCUUAUUAAAGCUGACUAUCGUAUUGAAAAGGCGGCGCGCGGCUGGUGGGGCGCGCUGAGCGCGAGCGAAGUGCGCGACGCCGCAGCCGCCGCGCGCGCGCUGCACGCCGAGCUCGCGCGCCUCGCGCACGCGCCCGGCGCGCGCCUGUUCGCGGUACCAGACGAGUGGCAGCUGUUGUGGUCGGGACCGAGUGCUCCGGAAGCUUACAUUAAGGAAUUUUGUCACCGAGCUCGUGCCGCUGUCGAUAGAAUUAAUGCCCCUGAAUUUAGCGAGGAUUAUAUGCCCGCAGAGGUAGACCUGCGACAAUUUCUGCGACCAGAGCGUCUGCUGUGCGCACUGCAAGCGCGCACGGCCGAGCGACGCGCCUGCCCUCUGCGGACACUCGCGCUGUCUGUCAAGUGGGAUUGCUCUCUCGCCGAGGCGACGGACGGCGCAGUGCUGGUGCGCGGGCUGCGGCUGAGCGGAGCGGAGUGGGCGGCGGGGCGCGGGGCGGCGGGCGGCUCGCUGAGCGCCGCGCGCGCGCGCUCCCCGCCGCACGCGCCCGCGCCGCCGCUGCUGCUGCGCUACGUGCCCGAGAGUGCGUGCGAGCGCCGGGGCGCGCCGGUGCCGCUGUACGGCGGCGAGGCGCGCGAGGCGCGGCUGGCGCUCGUGCGCGCGCCGCUGCACGCCGGCCUGGCGCCGCCGCGGGCGCAGCUGCACGCGCUCGCGCUCUUCGUCGCGCCGCUCGACCUCUGA